CUUUUCUUUCUUAUUUACCACUAACUUUACGAAUCGUUUCACCAUUAGUCACUCGUCGUUAGUCUCCGUCAGACUCCGUUAAUUCCGUUAACUUUUUUAAUAAUGUGGCAAACGGAACUGCUGACUAGGUCGUUAACUAAAUGACAUGUCAAUUAUAAUAAUUAAAAAAUAAAAAGAAGACAAAAUUAAGAGGAGCACCUUUCCCCUCACUCGUCUUCUUUGCUUUUCCCAUCUUUCACCCAGAGCAACAAAUCAUGCUCCAUCUCCACCAUCUUUCCAAUUGGGGAAAAUGGCAUCGAUGGAUCCCAGACGAACUCCCUUCCACUUCGAGAUCUGUCCUUCUUUCCUUGGCUACACCGUGCCUUCUGCACUUACAAGAUCGGGAAGCGCGACGACAAUCUUUGCGCGACAACUCGUUAGCCGAAUUUGACGGAGGCGAAGAAGAGCGAAUUGGUCGGGCGAAGCCAAGAAAAGAUGGACGAAUGGAAAUCCUGAUUCUACGAGCUCCACAACGUCUCUUCAGCUUCCAAUCGAGGAAAUUCGUCAAUUCCGACAACGAAUUUGCCGGCUGCCGGCACUGCUCAAGAAGACAAGUUUUGAGACGAGCCCAGAAGAGGAAUGAGGGACAAUGCGAAUCCUUUGUUGUUAAUCUUGAAGGUGGAGUUGGAUUAUCUUAUCAUGGGUCUGGAUUCUGGAGUGUAGAUUUGAGAAUCCAUGUUUUGACAGAGAAGAGUUGAGAGUACUGAGAGGAAACGACAACGAGCGACAGCAGGAGAAGACAACGGUGGCGCAACGGGAAUUUGAUCGUCAUAGUAACAGGGACCUCGGUGACGAGUCGAGGAGAUUGAUGGCGCUGAUGGCGGAAACGACCUCGGUGCCUGAUUGAUGGUGAAGGCGGCGGACUGGAGGCAGGGACUUCAAGGACACUGCAGAUUCACAGCCUUCGGAAGCGGUGGCGACAACGAGUAACUGGGGACGACUCGGAUCGACGAUGCCUGGGUUGAGCGCACGGCGGGAGGAUUUUCUUCCCAAGUGGCACAGUCCGAUUUGUUUAUCCUACCCAGGGAACGAUGGUGAGAUGAAAGAUAACUUAAUUUAAUUUUUUUUAAUUGACAUGUCAUAAAAAAACCGACGGAGUUAACGGAGUCUGACGGUGGGUGACUAACGGUGACUAGUGGUCAAUUAAAAAAAAAUAAUUUGGGUGGUAAACGUGAAAAAUUUAUGUAAUUUGAUUGACCAACCGUGUAAUUUAGCCAUUUAUCAAGUAUAAAAUAUUGAAAAUUUUAGUGGAUGAAUUUGAUAAAAAGUUUAGUCAAGUGACGAUUUGAUAUUAACACAAAACUUAAGUGACCAUUUUGGCAAACAGUCCCUUCCCUAACCCUUCCUUAGAGUCAGGCCGCAGUCUCUAAACCCUCCGAAACCCUCUGCAUUCGAACUUCAAAGCUUUCCAAGAAUCUCAGCCAAACGGAGUUGCCGAAAGCUCGAAACGAAGGCAAAACUCUGCAUUAGCAGUGGCGGCGGAAGCUGCUCCACUUCCUCAAAAUGAUGCGGUUACUGUGCCGCCGAAUCCCCGAACCUUGCCGCCCCGGUCACCACCACCGCACCUUAGUCGAUUUCGCCGCAAUUAAGCACGUCCGCGACCGGGGAUUCGACCAUGCCGUGGAGAGGGAAAUGCAUCUGAAGCCUCUAUUGCAGCUCAAGAACUUCAUAAAAUCGGAGCCGGCAAAGUCUCUGCCGCUUCCUGUCAUCUCCCAACACAAGGAUUCCCUCCAGAUACCCACUCGCCCCAUCGAGUUCAUCCGCAAAUACCCUUCGGUCUUCGAGGAAUUCCACCCCGGCGGCUUAGGGAUUCACCCCCACAUCAAGCUCACCCAACAGGUACUCGAUCUCGACGCUGAAGAGCAAUUAGUUUACCAGAGCGAAAGUUACAGGCAGAAUGUUGCCGAUAGACUUGUUAAGCUGGUAAUGCUAGCGCGAAUUGAUAAAAUUCCGUUGAACGUUCUUGAUUGCAUAAAAUGGGAUCUGGGUUUGCCUGAUGAUUACGUGAAAAGCAUAGUUCCUGAGUUUCCUGAUUACUUCAGGGUUGUGGGUAGCAAGAAUUCGUCGUCCCGGUUGGGGCCAGAGAUGGCAUUGGAGUUGGUAUGUUGGUGUGAUGAAUCUGCGGUUUCAGUGAUGGAGAAGAAGGCCAAAAGUGGAGGUAAGGUUUACGAAAAGGGAAAGCCUCUUUCUUUCGAGAUGCAGUUUUCGACAGGUUUUGAGAUGGACAAGAAGGUGAAGAAGUGGUUUGAUGAAUGGCAGAAGUUGCCUUAUAUCUCUCCAUAUGAAAAUGCAACACACCUCGGCUCUACUACUGAUGAGGCGGAUAAAUGGGCAGCCGGAGUUUUGCAUGAGCUUCUGAAUCUGUUUGUUUCAAAGAAGGCUGACAAGGAGGAUUUGCUAUACGUGGGAGAGUGGUUGGGCAUUCGAUCAUGGUUUAAGAGAGCAUUGCUUAACCACCCUGGGAUAUUUUAUGUUUCUGGUAAAUUGGGAACAUAUACAGUAGUUCUAAAGGAGGGGUAUAAAAGAGGAUGGCUAGCUGAGAAGAACGAACUUGUUGAUAUUAGAAGUCGAUACAUGCAUCUUAUGCACUUGGUGCCCGAGGGUCAUCAUAAAGCAACUACCAAUGCCCCUGCUCGAAACAAGAAAGAAGAGAAGAAGACAUCUAAGCAACCGGGAGAGAAAGAUGAUAAUCUUGAAAAGGAUGCUGCUGCUUCUAAAGUAUCCGACCUUGAUGAUGAUAGUGAUGAUGAAGAUGCAUAUGAGGAUGAUGAUGAAGAAGAAGAUGAUGAUGAUGAUGAUGAAGUAGCGGAUAAGAACCGUGGUCGUGGAAAUGCUGAAAUCAAGAGGGGGAGAGCAGGUGAUGUAAGGAAUAAUGAUGUGAGGGGACCUUCAAGGAGUCCAAGAAGAGGAAGGUCAGAUGAUAGACCUUACAGGAAGAGUAUGGAUGUGAGAGCAGAAGAUUCCAAAAGAACUGAAACACGAAGGAAUUUGGACACAAGGGGGCGUUCAAGGGAUUCAAGAAGUGAACUUCCGGAUGAGAAACCCCGUAGGAAUAUGGAUAUGAGGGGACCUUCAAGUGGUCCAAGAAGAGAAAGGUCAGUUGAUAGACCAUAUAGGAAGAGUAUGUAUGUGGGAGCAGAAGAUUCCAGAAGAACUGAAACACGAAGGAAUUCGGACACAAGGGGGCGUUCGAGGGAUUCAAGAAGUGAACUUUCGGAUGAGAAACCCCAUAGGAGUAUGGAUAUGAGGGGACCUUCAAGUGGUCCAAGAAGAGAAAGGUCAGUUGAUAGACCUUAUAGGAAGAGAAUGGAUAUGAGAGCAGAAGAUUCCAGAAGGACUGAAACACGAAGGAAUUCGGAUGUGAGGGAGCGCUCAAGGGAUUCAAGAAGGGAACACUCAAAUGAGAAACCUUAUAGGAAGAGUGCAAAUGAAGCGAGGUCAGACCAUUCCCAAACAAGUGGCCCCCGUUCACGGAGUAAUUUCAGGGGAAACACGGGGAAAAGGGCAGAUUCCCCUAAGAACAUGAAGAAAUCUGUAACUGAUGAGAGUAUUGCUAGUUAGUGUUGAAACAUAAAUUUGGCAGGUUAGUUUUGGCAUUCCUUGAGUUGUUGCCCUCUUCAUUUUGCCUAUUUGAAUUUCAGACACAUGCUGCUCGUAGUCUCCUUCAUUUGCUGUUGAGGAAAAAGUUUCUGAUAUGGUCUGCAGCUCUAACUUCCUAUUCGGCUUUGAGAUGAUCAUAGCUGGUGAAGAUGAUUAAUUAACGAUAUAAUGUUGCCAUGUAACUGGUGAUUUGGUUCCCAUCUCCAUUUUGAUACUCUAGUUAGAAAGAAAACAGAAAGAUGAUAGUGUUUCAUAUGCACUUAUCCAAAGAACUUAUUUGUCCUCUACCUUUAUCCAUGAAACUGUCUGCAGGCAUUGCAACCCAGAUGGGUUUUCUUCAGGUUCAUGAGGUUCGAAGUGGGGUUUACUAUAAUUAUACGGGAAGAAGAAACAAGUUUUCCAAAUGAACAAAUUGGCUGGCUGCUCGAAUGAAAGGCAAGUUCCUAUAAACCAGAGGAUCUUCUUAUGUCUGUUGCUUAGUGGUUGCUGCAUUUCUCUGCAACUUAGCUUGUUGUCGUUGUUUCAGAGGCUGCGGCAGUUCGAGACUUUGUUCGUUGUCACCAUUUCAAAACCCCAGUUAGCCUACCCACACGAGCAUUAGCAGUCAAGCCACUCCAAUGGCCAAUUAGCCACUGCAACAAGGACACCUAGUCGUCUCUUUCAGGCGGGCUCGCUCCUUCAAGCGCCGCUACAAAACAGAAGGAAUACAUGAACAUCUGACAUGCAAAUGGCUUCCUUCUCAGCCAUUAGGGCGUAUCAGACAGGCCAGUUGCAGUCUUGCCCCAGUUCAGCAACAUAUCCUGCAUCACCAUUUAAAACAGUGCAAACUUGCAAUGAAGAAGAAGAUGAUGAUCUUCAUUUAAAACGCUAACUCGUUUGAUUCCAAUUUAGUUAGUUAUGUUUCCUAUGCUAAAUUUGCGGCCAAAUCCAUGGCCGAUAGAGGUUGUCCAUCACAUUUUAAUAACUCGCAUGCAAGCCAAAUCAUGUGCCCUGAAAUUUUUUCUUCUGUCUCUUAAGAGUCAUUUGCUUGUUGGAUUUUUGGCAUUAUGAAUUUGAAGAGUCUAUUGUUUGUAUUGUAUGAUAAAUUUGAUGAUAUAAUUAUGAUUGAUUUGUUAUAAAUAUAACUAGUCAUCAAGAAUUGACAAAUUUUACUCCAAUAUGUAGGAUUUACAAGUACGAGGGGUCCACAGAUUUUGAUUAAAAAAAAUUGAACAAAUUUGUGGACCCCACGGAUUUAAUACUUAAAUCAUGAUUGGGAUUUGGCUAAAAUUAAUCAUGAUUGGGAUUUGAGUUCCAAAUCCAUCAAGCAAACGAUCUUGCCCCGAUCCGACCUCAUCAAUUAGUAGUUGUCCCAUUCAGAUGACAAAUACAUCGUGAAAACAAGA